AUGGAUGUUGAUCAGAGAUUGGUUCCUCACAGGCAUGAGCAACUUCCCAUCGUCCUACAUCAGAUCUCAGAGGAGGACUUUACAUAUUUUCUCAACUGGGUUUACCACAUAUUGUAUAUUAUAGAGUGGCUUAAUUGCAAUAGCAUCAAGUUCACUAUUGAUGGGCUGGAAAACCUUGCCCUGCAGCCUACUUGCAGACUAGAACUUGCUUGGUUAUAUUCCAUACCCCAGUGGAUUGCUCCAGCAAUCUGUGAGAUCAUAUUGCUGUCACUUGUGAACACUACUGAUACCAAGGCUGCUCAGAUGGGGUUCAAACUGGUGCAAGGAGGCAUGGUUAGGAUUCUGGUGGAAGAAAGUAGCUCGUGCAAUCCUCCACCCAACAAACCCACUCCCACUGGCACAGACCCUCCAACUCAUCAUUAA